AUAUUAUGAGAUAAGAAUAUGUAUGUAAUUUAGUACUGUUUAAAAUGUUAUUUUAUCAUUUUUUUGUAUUAUAUUUUGUAACAAUAGCAGAAGGUGAUGAUCUCUCAAACGACAUCACAAUAACGAGAUCUUCCAAGCUAAAACUGGGAGAAAUCCUAGAGAAAAAUAUUAAAACACCUUUAGAAAUAAAUAAUAAGUUUAGAGACGGGUUUAAAAUUAGUGAUCUAGAGUCUUUUAUCGCAGAAUCUAGUAAUGAUCAAGAUUCCAGUGUGUGGUACAAAGUAUAUAACAGGGAGGAAGGAAGUGAAAAUGAGGAAAGUAACGAACCUUCCGAAGAAAAUAGAGAAGUAGAUGAUCAAAAAGUUCCACUUUUAACACCAAAUGAUCCAAAUGGAAAAGAGCCAUCAAGUUACAACUUUGAUCGUUGGUGUAAACAAGAUAAGGUUCUAAUAACAGUAUCUGAACUUACGGUAAUGCAUUCGGCAUUUCUUCUAAUUGUACUUUUACUAACCAUUUGGCAUUUGAUUUGUGUAUCGACAAGUUAUAAAAAAUACGAGGGAUAUUCCGAUUAUCCUCAAUUUGAUCCAAAUAAUAGUAACUCUAUAGUCCAAGAAGGUUAUAGCUUUACACUACCAGGAUCACUGAUAAUUAAGCUUAUUUUAGCAUACACAUUCCUGUGUCAGCUGAUGGUAUUAUCCUUUGUAUGUAACGAGUUGUGCAUUCCGAUGGUUUCCAGCGUUGAGUACUGGGACAGUAGAGCUAAGCCGUUUCUGUUCUCAUGGCUUGUGGGAUUUUUUACUCUGUUAAUUAGCUUUUUGGUGCGGAAUACCAGAGUAGGAAAGCAUUUAUUUGUAAUUAGAGUACCAUUGGAAACCUGUACAAUAGUUAAGGUUAGAGACUUUAACAAGUCAUCAACAGAGCAUGAUAUACUUAACAGCAUGUUAGAUUUGUUUAGAAAUGCAAUUAUUAAGAUAAAGCUAUUUUUUAACAUUCCAGACUCGAUAUUCAGAAUACCUUUUGAAAAGUAUAAAGUUGCCAAGUACUGUUACGUCCCAGUAGUGGAGGCUGAUUCUGAACGUUUCUUCUACUACCACUACGUUAAAUAUACUUACGACAGUGAGGAGUCAUGUUUCCUGGACUCUUCUAACCGGCUGAAUAGUUAUUUGAUGAGUACUAACUUGGUACAUCUGAUGGAUAAUGGCGGACUCACAGAAUCAGAAUCAGCUAGAAGAAGCGAAGAUAUUGGGCCUAACGAGAUCCCAAUAGAGAAACUUGGUUUCUGGACCCUAUUGUACAGAGAAGUAUCAGACCCAGUUUUCUUCAUGCAGUUGUACUUAACUACGAAAUCAAUAUAUUGGAGAAGUUAUAUUACAGCACCAAUUUGGGGCAUUACAACCUUGUAUACAAUUUAUAAAAAGGUGAAGAUAAUAUAUGAUCAGCAGAAUGAUUUAUAUAAUCUAACCACAAGUAGUAACCAAAAGUAUGUAACAGUUCUGAGGGAAAAUGUAACGAAAAACGUAAUGUCGAGGGAUUUGGCAGUGGGAGACAUUGUCAGAGUUGAAAAUGACUGGGAAGUACCAAGUGACAUGAUCAUGCUAAGAGGAGAUGCAAUAGUUGAUGAGAGUAGUAUAACUGGAGAGUCAAUUCCUCUCAAAAAGAGGAAACUAGACCUCGAUAAAUAUUCAAACUAUAACCUUAACAUGAAUAUUUACGAUUUUAUACACACACCGACUUCUGACGCCAUGAAAAGUAACCAGAAUAGUGGUAACAGUAGAGAUAAACUAGUCUAUAAGAGAGAUUUAUCCAAUAAUUUACCAAGUCCAUCGAAUAUUAAUGAGAAUUUGUUAAAAUCUGGAACAAAAGUCAUAUCAGUGCUUGGAAACCAGGAAACCUCAGUUUCAGCAGUAGCAGUAGUAAUAGCAACAGGAGUGUACACAACUAAGGGAAAGCAAAUUAAAGGUGUUUUAUUCCCAAACCAGUUCAGGUUAAAGUAUGACACACAAUUACCACUUGUUUUCCUCCUAACAUUCAUUUACGCACUUUUUUGCUCAUACUACCAGAUAAGGUUCUUGGGUUGGAAUAUGAUAUCGAUAUUUUACAGCAUAGGAACCAUGUCACAGGUGGUACCAGUUUGGACAAGUACAAUAAUAUCAAUAAGUCAGAGCAGGGCAUGCCAAAGACUGUCAAAAUCUGAGAGUAUCUACUGCAUUGCACCUUCAAGAAUCGCAGUUUGCGGGAAACUCAGAGUCAUGUGCUUUGAUAAAACUGGAACACUAACCAACAAUAAACUCAUUUUCAACGGAUCGAAAUACUUUAAUGAGGAGAGUUUGAUGUUAUUGAGCCCGGAGAAGAUAUUGGAGCACUUGAGUAGUAAUUUUGAGGGGGAUUUAUUCAAAAUAUUGAAUACCAAGGAGUAUGUGAUAUCGCUGGCGGUGGCCACAUGCCACUCAGUGUGGCCCUCAGACACCUCCGAACAGUUUGGAAAUCACGUAGACAAAUCAAUGUUUGAUUGUACUGGCUGUGUGGUGGACCAGUUCAUAGAUAAAACUGGAAAAAACAGAAGAUUCAUCAAGAGCGCUGAGAAUGAGAAAUUAGUCAUUGAAGUUAUAAACUCGUUCGAUUUCGAUUAUCAAAAGAAAUUAUCAUCAGUCGUUGUCUCAAUCGAAGUUGAGGGAGAAACGAGACGUAUAGUAUUUGUGAAGGGCGCAUUUGAGAAUUUAUCAGUGUGUUGCAACAACGAGUCGGAGAAUUUAUCAAUACUAUCAAACAAUGAGUCAUCAAAUGGGUCAUAUGUUCUCGGUUUGGCAUAUAAGCUUUUGGAUGAAAACUCGGAUUACACAGAUAGAAACCUCAUGGAGUCAAAUUUGCAAAUGGUGUCACUGCUCAUAUUCAAUAAUCAAGUAAGACCAGAGAGUAAGGAGGUGAUUCAAACGUUAAAUGAGGCCAUGGUGAGGACCGUAAUACUCACGGGAGAUAACAUUCCAGCGUCACAAUACGUUGCAAGAAAGUGUAAUAUGAUCCAGAGGAAUCAGGAUUCAACUUCUUUAGUUGAUUCAGAUUCUAACCAGAGUAACCAGAGUGAAGUUGACGAACUAAAUGAAAGAGUGUGUCCAGUUGCGAUAAUGAAUAAUAACAAGAUAGAGUGGAAGUAUCCAUUCGGAGAAGAGGAUGAGGAGAAGUUAUUUUUUUCCGAGGAGUACAGUGACAUUUCAAUGACUGGGGAUGUUUUUGACUUCAUCGAAAAUAACUGGAACGAGAUACUCUCAAAGUACCGCAGGUUCUCCACAAAUGAAAGCGUUAACCAAACCAAGUUCGAACACUUUCUAAUGAAAAUUAGAAUAUUCGCAAGAUUAAACCCCAAUCAAAAGGUGAGAGUAAUCAACUCAUUUAAGAGACUUGGAAUUAUCACUGGAAUGUGCGGAGAUGGCACCAACGACUGCUUAGCAUUACAAGCCUCACACGCCGGCAUCAGUCUAACAAAAGGCGUUAGUUCUAUGGUAUCACCGUUUUCAUCAAUGACUAAUAAGCUGGAGUCAGUAAUAUACUUAUUAAGAGAGGGUCGUGGUAGUUUGGUGACGUGCCUUGCAUGUUUUAAGUUUAUGUUACUGUUUGGGCUUAUGAUUGCAUUUGUCAAGGUGACUUUGUUCAGACUUUGCAGAGGAGUAAUGCCAGAAUGGGGAUACCUCUUCAUCGAAAACGCUAUCAUGCUGUUACUAAGUUACACAAUGGCACUCUCAAGGCCAAGUGAAAAAUUGAGGAUAAGAUCACCCACAAGUAGUCUUUUAGGACCACUCACACUAUUAUCGGUGGGAAUAAUGUUCAUCAUCAACAUUGCGUUCCUGCUCCUACUCUUUGAACUGUACCACAGACUCGGAAUACCUACGAGUCUUAGGUAUAACAUGUCGAAGCCUCCUGCAGCCUGGUGGAUACUAUCUGACAAUUUUGAGGCUCCAACUGUGUGUUUCUGGCUCUGUUACCAAGUGGUUAACACAGCGCUGGUCUUCUCAUUUGGCGGUGUUUUCAGAGAAUCAAUUCACCGAAACACCGGAUUUUCAACGGUUUGGUUGUUUAUAAAUUCGUUUCUGACGUAUUUAACGCUGUCAAAGCCGAACAAGUUGACGUGUCUGUUCAGAAUUAACUGCACAGAUGAGAUGUCCAGAGCAACCAAGAUACCAAUUCUAGAACUCCUAACCACUAGCGCAAGCGGACUACCAUUCCACGGAGAACAUUCACACAACGUUCUACCCAAAAACUUUAAAAUUGCAUUUUUGGGAUUAAACUUUGUUAACUGUGUGAUCAACUGUUUGAUAGCGAAGUCGUUUUUCUCAAACUCGUUCCUGAAGAGAGUGAGGGCGUUCAUUGGGUACAAGUGUAGCGCCGACCGGAUCAAAAUUUAAAAAUUUCA